AUGAGCCCCAUUGAGUUACCUCCAUCGACUUCCGAAGAAGCAGACAGGAGGCAAUCGCAUGACUAUCCGAACAUGACGAAAGGCAACCCAAUACAAGAAAAGGGCGUAAGCCGCUAUCGAAUUGCUUCUAUGGCGGCGCGUUUCCGCAGUGCCUGGCUUGGUACUUUGGUUUUACCCAAAGCGCAGGGUGUCCGGGGACUUUCUCCCAAAGCAAGAUUGGAAAAGGGAGCGAGGCUUCCUUUUGUGCGUGAGCUUUGA